GAAACAGUCUACAGGCAGCUGUACUCAGAGUGAACCCCAGUGAAGCCCGCUGUGGUUUUCAGUACAUGGGUAGGGAGGCUCCACUGAAGCCCAGCGCUCACUAGCACUUCUGUUUUCAAUGAUGAGCACUGUUGGACCAUUGAUGCCAGAUUCAACGGACUGAAAAAGAGAGGGAUCAAAGAGAGGAGUGGAAAAUUAAGUGGGGGGGCAAAAGGAGGGGCUGUGGAGAACAGUGAAGUAGAAAGGGAUGGAGAGCGUUUCAUCGGAUCAGUCAGCCAGCGUGGAGGAGCUAGUGGAAGCCUGCAUCAAAGCCUUUGACAAUGAAGGCGUUCUGAAGGAGCCGUCUCUCGUGCGAAUGUUUCUUACCAUGCAUCCCUGGUACCUGUCAUCCAGUGACCUAGCUAAGAAACUCCUGCACAAGUCUCAGGAACAGGAUUGUUCUGCAAAUCGCCAGUCUCAGAUUUGUCAUCUUGUCAAGUACUGGAUAUCUGAGUUCCCAGCUGAGUUUGACCUGAACCCCGCUCUUUCUGAGCAGAUCCGCGGUCUGAAAGAGCGACUGGAGCAGAAUGGAGAUGUGAGGCGAAGUCUGCUCAUCGACAUAGACAGCAUUCCAUCUUACGAAUGGCGACGUCAGCUGGAUGAAACUGUCAAGAAAAAACGCAAGACCUCUCUUCUUUUUGACCACCUGGAUGCUUCCACCCUGGCUGAACACCUAACGUAUAUGGAGUACAAAUCAUUUUGCAAAAUUCUGUUCCAGGACUACCACAGUUUCGUGAUGCACGGCUGCACGGUGGAUAAUCCCAUUCUGGAGCGUUUCAUUACUCUGUUUAACAGUGUUUCCCAGUGGAUCCAGAUCAUGGUUCUCAGUAAGCCUACAGCUCAGCAGAGAGCCACUGUCAUCAGUGAAUUCAUCAAUGUGGCCCAGAAGCUACUGCAGCUGCAGAACUUCAACACACUGAUGGCUGUAGUGGGUGGUCUCAGCAAUAGCUCCAUUGCUAGACUCAAGAAUACACAGGCGCUCAUCGGCAGCGAGACACGCAAGGUCUUUGAUGGAUUGGUGGAGCUGGUCACUUCCUCUGGAAACUACAGUCGCUAUCGUCAGCGUUUCUCCGAAUGUUCGGGAUUCCGCUUCCCCAUCCUUGGGGUGCAUUUGAAAGAUCUGAUUGCCGUCCAUGUGGCCCUGCCUGAUUGGUUUGACCCGGAGAAGACUAGGGUCAACCUAACCAAGACCCAUCAAUUGUAUGCCAUCCUAGAAGAGCUGGCGCUCAUUCAAAGCACUCCGCCCAGUAUAGAAGCCAAUUCAGACCUGCUCAAUCUGCUUAUAGUGUCUUUGGACCAAUACCACUCAGAGGACGAGAUAUAUCAGCUAUCUCUACAGAGGGAGCCUCGCAGCAUUAAACUAUCAACUUCCAGCUCAAAGUCACAGUCUCCUCUAAUAGAACAGUGGUCAUCUUCAGUCAAACCCAAAGCGGAUCCAACCAUCAUCAACAAACACAUUGAAAAAAUGGUGGAGUCAGUGUUCCAAAAUUUCGACACUGAUGGCGAUGGCUACAUUUCCCAAGAAGAGUUUGAGAUCAUCAGGGGCAAUUUCCCUUACCUCUGCAAGUUUGAUGAACUGGACCAAAACCAGGACUGUAAAAUUAGCCGCGAGGAGAUGAUUGAGUACUUCACAAAGACGAGCUCCUUACAGAACUGUAAGAUGGGGUUUGUUCACACGUUUACAGAGACGAGCAGCGUCAAGCCUUCAUUCUGUCGGCACUGCUCUCGUUUGAUUUGGGGAUUUUACCAACAGCGAUGCAAAUGCAAAGUGUGUGGGGUGAGCUGUCAUAAAGACUGCAGCAGUCGUUUGGCCAUCGAGUGUCGUAAGCGUGCACAGAGUGUCAGUUGUCACACUGACACUUCCUUUAAGGCCACACGCUCUUACAGCUUCCCGCCUCCCUCCAGCACAGAGCCGAUAGAUGAGUCCCCGGUCAUCACAGGCGGCUCUCUGGAGGAAGAGGAUGAGGUUUUUGAUGUCCGCCUUUGAUGGGGUUUGAAAAGAAGAUGUAUAUUGCCAACACAUUCUCCUCGUGGUUGAGAGCUUUUUCAUUAAGUCCUUCUCAUGAACAGAAAUCCAUCACCUGGCAUUAGAUACGUUCCUCUCCUCUCUAUUUCCACAAGAACAUCCCGGAGCAAAUCCAUAAGCAAGCGCAACAGCAGGGACAGAGCUGCAGUGCGUGUGUUUGUUCAUGCGUUUGUUGUCCAAGGUGAUCCGUUCGCUUGAACUCUCCUAUACUGUGAUCUCUCGUGGGUUUCUGGUCUGAAAAUAGUACAUGGAUUUCAAACAAAUAUGGAAAAAAAGCACCAGUUAAGUUGCAACAAAUACUUGAAGGGGUCGUAUACAUUUUUACUAUUUAGGUUCUUCCUUAAAGUACACUUUUGAUGUAGGUACAAUUAGAUUUUCAUAUCCAUUUUUCAUCCUCUUAGUCGAAGUAGAAUGAAAUGGCGUUUAGAAUGAAAUUGGUCUAAAAACAACACAUUACAAUGUACAGUAUAAACUGUCACCUAUGCAUAUGUUGAUAAAAAUGCUCAUUUUAGAAGAAAAUUUCAGACGGCACUAAGACGAUUUUACAUCUGAACUCUUCAUAAUCAUAUGACCAUAUCUGACAAUGUGCAACGGUGCAUUUGUUGUUGUUUUGUUUUUGGAUUUACAAUAGUAUUUUAAUUGGAAUUCAUGUAACUGCAUGAUUUCAUCGAUCUUUGUGAUUCUCAUGAUAUGAAUUAUGAAUAGAAGAGAAGGUCAAAUGAAUGACAUGUUACAGACUCUCGUCACAGGCUUCAGUUUCACUCCAACAGAAGGCGCUGUUGUCCUAAAUUGAGAAAUGAUUUGACAAGUUCUUGUGCUGCAUCAUUUGCUUUCUUUUUUUAUGUUUAUAUUGUUAUCGAAUAUUGUAUGUUUUUGCUGCCGAGAUGGAUACAUGCAUAAUAGAUAGAACAUUUAAUCAAAAAGGAUAUAUUCUG